AACCACAGCAAUCACAUGAGACCUGCCUUUCAGACUGGUUGAACAGAGGCUACACACACUAGAGAAACAAAGCAUUGAAAAAGGGAGAAAUGAGAGGCUUUUGCUGUGUUGUUCUUUGGAUAUUUCCAAUCUUUUCUUCGACAAUAGCACCUACAAAACGUGAGCUUUGUCGUAAGGUUCCAGAGAAAUGUCAGACAGAUCAGAAUGUACCAUUGUGUAUUGAAGAUAGAAUGAAAACUUGUGAGAAUAAAGAUCCUCGAGGCCCUGUGAUAUAUGACCCAAAAUAUUUCUCUACCCAAAUUUCCUCAGAGGAAACAGUCGAUACACAGAGAGGAUAUUUAAUCCACAUCUCAGACGAGGCAUUACAGAGGAGCAGGAAUGGACUGGGGGAUGCCAAUUUAAUUGUGUCUCUUAUCAAUGAGACUUUCUUCAGGGUCAGCAGCAGUUUACACAACAAGAAGGGGAAAGACUCAAGUAAGCCAAACACAAUAUUGCACGGGCAAACUGUGUUGGGAGUGUGGCUUGGUAAGAAUGAAGUUCAGAACCUUUCUCAGCCUGUUCAGAUCAGAUUCAAUGACACCAAACAGAGUCCAAAUGGAACCUGUGUCUACUGGCAUCUUGAAGACAAUGGCAAAGGUAACUGGAGGACAGACGGCUGUAAUACUACCAUCGACAACGGAGACUUUGUAUGCAGCUGUAAUCAUCUGAGCUUUUUUGCAGUGCUCAUUAAUCCUGAAAUUCCUUCAGCGUCCCAUAUUGACGCUCUCAACUACAUUUCAUAUGUUGGCUCUGCCAUUUCAAUAGCAUUUACAGCGCUAAUGAUUGCUAUUUUUUUGUGCCAGAGGAGGAAGCAAUGUGAACAUUCAGUCAUCAUUCAUGUGCAGCUCUCAGGCUCCCUUUUCUUGUUGCACAUCUCGUUUUUGUGCAGCGUGUGGUUUUCAGGCCACACAGACCUUUCAGUGUGUCAAGCUCUAGGACUUCUUCUACACUGGUGUCUUUUAGCCACCUUCACUUGGACAGCCAUCGAGGGCUUCCACAUUUACCUGCUGGUGGUGCGGGUCUUCAAUAUCUACAUCAAGAGAUACAUGCUUAAACUAAGUCUUGUGGGAUGGGGUGUACCCACCAUUACGGUGAUAAUAUGCGGUGUGACUAAAGUGUAUGGCAGAUAUACCUUUUACAUGGGUGAAGAAAACUCAACAAUCACACCUCUAUGCUGGAUAAGCACACAGAUAGUGAGCUACAUUACAGUCAACGGUUAUCUCGGGCUGGUGAUGCUCUUUAACAUGGUUAUACUGGGGGUGGUGCUGGUUAAGAUGCACAAGGUGAGAUCCCAAACUCUUCAGAUUAAAGACCAUCGGAGGAGGGCAUGGAAGGAAUGGGUGUCUCUCCUGGGGCUCAGCUGUGUUCUGGGGGUGCCCUGGGUACUGGCUUUCUCCACCUACGGCCCCUUGAGUCUCCCUGCGCUCUAUGUCUUCACCAUUCUCAACAGUUUACAGGGUCUCCUUAUUUUCUUGUGGUUUUUGACUCUCACAUGUCAAACACGGAAGGUGGACUACAGCUCAUCAAAGGGCACCAUUCAGGUCAGCUUCAACAGUAAUGAUGAAAUUGUGACCACAAGAUAACCAACAGUUGUUCAGUCCCAUCACACAGUGGAGUUUAAAGGUGGAUCCUCCAUUCUACACCAAAUCUUCACUCUAGUGCUUUUUUUAUUUUUAUUUUACUCAUUUGGAGCUUUGUGAUUUUCUAAUUGGGGUCUGCAGAGCCCCUGGGGACUGCAAUGUAAUCUGCAUACAGUAUUAUUGGGUGGAAAUAUUUAUUUCUAAAUGUGUUGAUCUGUACGUUGUAAUUAAAAUUAAUCAUAUUUAGUGUAAUGAUAAAAGUAAAUACAUUUAUUUAGUUAACAAUUUUUGUAAUUUUUUUUUAUUACACAUAUACAGUAAAUGGAGCUUUAUACAAUAUAUUGCUUAAUAUUUUUGGAAGUUUGCCAUAUCUGGGAGUGUUUGCUGUUAAACGAAAGCCUCUGUUCAAUUAAAGUAUAACUUUAAUGAUAUAUAAGUCAACCUGUUUGGGAUCACUUAAAUGUUCAGAAAGCACAAACCAUGACACGAAACGUCCUUAUUAAUUUUUCUCUCUCUCUGUUUUUCUUUUUUUUUUAUCCACGAUGUAAUAAACAUAUAUUUAGAAAAUUAUACCAAAAACACAAAUAAGAAAGACAGACAUUUACUUUAAAAAUUUUAUGAAAAUACCAAUGUGAGGAAAAUUGAGAUACAAAAAUUUUUAUCAAUGGUAAUAUUACAAAAAGUAUAAAAAGAAAGUGCACAAAAACUUCUUUACAGCAUUAAUUGUACAGACAGCUUUGAAUAAAUAGCAUAAGUUAAAAAAUGACAAAUUAAUGUAAUGAAAUGAUCAGCUAAGUCUCUGGUAAGGCACAUUGACUGAGAAUGUGCCACAUUAAUAGUUGAAUUUUUUUUCCCUGAAAUUUAUCGACAUCUUGUAUUUGCUCUCAUGCAUUUUAAGAACAAGAGCUUGAAGUCAACAGUAAUGCGGACUCAAAGUAUUGCUGGUGAAUAAAAACAAACAUUCAUUCAAAUAAUACACUGAAAUACAACCAAAAUCUUGAACCUCCAAAUCCAAUUGCAAACUCCAUAAUAAUAUUGAACUUCAGAGCCAAAAAAAUACAAUACAAUACAAAAGGCUGCAGUCAAUACAUCAAGGCUGAAAGACUGUACAAUUUCAUAUUAGAUUACCUUUAGUGUACAAUAUUGAAACAUGGAAAAGCGUGGUAAAAACACAGUGUAAAGCCUGGUCAGAAGUUCAUCAAUCAGUACUAUCCCUUACUCUCUGUAUUAUAACGCUCUCAUACAACAAUAAAAUAAAAUACAAACACCACCAAGAGUCAUAAAACUGAUCAUGCCUACAAAUACAUUAUGCAUGCUCUCAUAUGCCAUUGUGUAAAUGAUAACCGUUUAAAUACUCUGAGAUAACGUAGUUUUUGCAUCGUGCUUUUAAAAAGAUUUACAAACCCGUAACCGUUUUUUAAAUAUUGAGCAACAUCUUUAUGCCAAACCAGAAGGAAAACGAGAUUUUACAAGCACAUGUCCAUAUCAUAGACCACAGCUGAGGUGAAUUCACAUUGUGAAUAUUGUGCCCAAGAAUCCUAGUCAGAAAAUGCAUGCGUGUGAUAUAACUUCAAUCAGAGCAGAAGACUGCAAGGCUGAGUAAAAUAUUAUGUUUGCUUAAAAGUACACCCAUCUCAUUAAUGCCUUGGCUGUAAAGUUAGAUACAGCACUUUACAUUAUUCAUCUGUAACCCGUCAAACUAAAUGCCAAAUAGAAGUCGUUUGGUGCACUGGUAUGGAAAAUAAGAUUAUAUUUACAAAACACUGGUAACUCCAAAAAAAAAAAAAACAUUACAGUAAUAAUAAAAAAUUGAUUACAUUAAAUUUCCUAA